AUGCACAUCAAGGCAAGACAUUAUUUUACAACCGGUCGAAUCGCGCUCAUCUUCCUACUCAUUUAUUCGUUACUGCCCAGUCGUUUUUCACCCGCUCACGACUUCGUUCGUCGCGAGGACAUGAUCUCUCAUCUGCAGUUCUCCAAGAGCAACAACGACUCGUGCGAGAUCGGCGUCGUCGACAAUCGCUCGAUGACGUUUCGUUAUCCGGAUCUCGGGUCGAUCGACUCGGCCGAGGACUCGACGGCGCUGCGCUUGGGUAUCAGCCCCGGUGGACGCUGGCGACCGACUCGGUGCCGAGCCCGCGUCGACGUGGCCAUCGUCGUGCCUUAUCGAGGCCGAGCUCGACAAUUGGUCACCUUUCUGGCCUACAUGCAUCCGUUUCUGCAGUCCCAGCAGCUCGACUAUCAGAUAAUCGUGGUCGAGCAGAGCCCAGGCGGCGGCGACUUCAAUCGCGGCAAGCUCUUCAACGUCGGCUUUGUCGAGCUGGCCAGCAGCAGCAGCAGCAGCAAUUUCAGCUGCUUCGUGUUUCACGACGUCGACCUGCUGCCCCAGAGCCGGGACAACGUGUACGCUUGCGGCCGCCGCUCUCCCAGACACAUGAGCUCGGCCGUGAACACGUUUCGCUACACGCUGCCCUGGCCCGAGAGCUUCGGCGGCGUCGUGGCCCUCUCGGAGGGACAAUUUCGCGACGUGAACGGCUUCGCCAACGUCUACGAGGGCUGGGGUGGAGAGGACAGCGACAUGAGGGAUCGAGUCGUCAGCAAGGGAUACGAGAUACUGAGAUUCGAGCGGGACAUCGCCAUGUACUACAUGCUUGCCCACGAAAAGGAGCCACCGAGCCCGAGUCGAUACGAGCGACUGGCCGGGGCUUCGAGGCGAUUCUCCAGCGACGGUCUCAGCAAUCUCGAGUACCGAGUAUUAGCUCGCGAGUCGAGGCCGCUCUACCUCUGGCUACUCGUGGAUGUCUGACGACGAUUCUCU